UUUUAUUCGACGCACACCAAUAUUGGAUUGAGCAGUAAGCCGCAGAUCCCGGUCAAUUGAGAAUACAGGAGAAUGAAUUUGGAUCCACGUUUGUGGCUGCUUCUGUCCAUUACUGCUGGGAUCUGGGCAGUGCCUAUUGACCGCAGUGGAGGUCCCCAGCAAGCCCAGCAUGUUGAGGAAGAAAAACAGGAAGAGAAUGUGGAUACAGGUUUGUACUAUGACAGGUAUCUCAGAGAGGUGAUUGAGGUUUUAGAGACAGAUCCUCACUUCAGAGAGAAACUCCAGACAGCUAACACAGAAGACAUCAAGAAUGGCCGUUUAAGUAAGGAACUGGACCUAGUGGGUCACCAUGUUAGGACUCGUCUAGAUGAGCUGAAGAGGCAGGAGGUCUCCCGCCUCAGGAUGCUGCUCAAGGCCAAACUAGACAGUACCAACACACAGAGUCUACAGAUGGACCAUGCCUCCCUGUUGAAGCAGUUCGAACAUCUAGAUCCACACAAUCAAAACACCUUUGAGGCCAAAGACCUUGAGCUGCUAAUUUCAACGGCCACGAAAGAUCUGGAGAACUAUGAUGCUGAAAGACAUGAGGAGUUCAAACGCUAUGAAAUGCUGAAGGAGCACGAGAGGCGGGAAUACCUGAAGGGACUGGACCAAGAGAAGAGGGAGAAAGAGGAGAAGAGGAUGCAGGAGCUAAAAGCGAAACACCGCCAGCACCCCAAAGUUAAUGCUCCAGGUAGUGUUGCUCAGCUUCGAGAGGUGUGGGAGGAGACAGAUGGCCUUGAUCCACAGGAGUUCAACCCUAAAACCUUCUUCAAACUUCAUGAUACAAAUGAGGAUGGUGUUUUAGAUGAACAAGAACUGGAGGCUCUCUUUACCAAAGAGCUGGAGAAGGUCUACGACCCGAAGAAUGAAGAGGAUGAUAUGAUGGAGAUGGAGGAAGAAAGGUUGAGAAUGAGGGAGCAUGUCAUGAAAAAUGUGGAUAUCAAUAAAGAUCGGCUUGUCAGCCUGGAGGAGUUCCUCAGAUCCACGGAGAAGAAGGAGUUUAAUAAUCCUAAAGAGUGGGAGAUUCUGGAUGACACCAAGCCAGUCUACACAGAAGCAGAGCUCCAGCAUUUUGAGGCAGAGCUCCGUGAUAAAGAGGAAGAGCUUAAUAGAAAGGCAGAGUCUCUUCGCAAAGAACAAGAACUGCUUAAGGAGAGGGGCAAGGCCCUGGAGGCCCAGCGGAGAGAAUACCAACAGGCGGUAUUAGAAAUGUCUCAGAGACAGAAGGAACAGCAGGCAGCGGAUGGGCAGCCUCCUGCAGGUCCUAACGAAGAACUGCUUUUCCAGAAAGAGACGCAAAAAUUGGAAGAUGGAGGUAAACUGUUCUGAAGGAUUUAAAGAGAUGAAAGCCCCAGUAGAACAAGAAGUUGGCGCCCAGAAUAAUCUGCCUGCAGAGCCACCACAGAAUCUGCCUUUACACACCUAAUGCAGCCCACUCUGUCUGUCUUAUCUCAUAUAAACUUAGCACAAAAAGUAAGGAAAUUUGUGUUUGGUAGAUUAUUUCUUUGUUGUAACAAUGCUUCUUGGCAAUAAAUCUUAUAUCAGGCAGCUGAUUGUCAGCACCUGGGGUACCAGAAGCUCAAAACAAGAGUCAAUAGCAACAGCAAAAUAAGCUGUUUGGCAUUGGCAGAGAACAUUUGGCAAAUUUUUCAUGGGCGCAACCCACAUACUCAGCUCUGCUGCUCAUCCCACAAAUGCAUGUUCCUUACAAAUGUAGCGCCAUUUAAAAGGGAAAUAAACAGGCUUUCCAACGGUAUAAAAUGUAUUGCCAGGAAGCAUUGUUACAACAAAGAAAUAAUCUACCAAACACAAAUUUCCUUACUUUUUGUGCCAAGUAUACGUAUAUACACACACACACUGUCUGAUUUGCACUGACGCAGAUAUCCAGAUGGGUUAUGCAGACUUCAUUAUGUGAAUAGUGUGUUUAAAUUCAAAUUGUAACACAGACUAAAAUCUAUCAUAACUUUUAUCUCUGUGUUAAUUUCUGUGGUGUACAUCUGAAUAAAGAGAUCAAAUA